AUGCAGCGACCGGGUGAACCUCUACAGUCAAUCCCCAAAAGACGAAAACCGGUGUUGAUCCCUCCACAUAGUAAAGAUCGCGUUGAAUCGAGUGUCAUCCUGAAUCGUCCUUCGCAGACACAUGCCACGGCUAAAUUUUUGUCGCAAAGCUCUCAACGACCGGAAUAUGUAGUUCCGUUGGUUUCCUCCGGGACCUUCAACCCUCGUCAAUUGCCGGGCAGUUUCACUAGUAUUCGGGAGCUUACUGUAUCUUGUAUCAGCAAGAUGAGCCCGACGCCACCACCGCAGCCUGAAGAAGCCGGCCGACUGCUGACGACAGAUAGCUCUGGGGUAACCCAAAUUUUGAUCAUAAAACUCAACGAGCACCCCUGGAGCCUGGGUAGAAAUCAGCAGGCCGAUUUGACAAUCGAUAAACCAACGGUUUCAAACUGGCACUGUAAACUAUAUGCAAUCGAGUGUGAUACUGGAGAAAGGAUAGUCUGCCUUGAAGAUCUAUCCACCAACGGGAUUCGUUACAAUCAACGAUUGGUUCGUAAGAAAGCAGUGAUCCUCAACAAUGGUGAUGAAGUCGAAAUUGCUGGCCAAGUUUUCUCUUACACUCAUUCCUGUCCACCUGGUCAAGGACUCGCCAGCACUACCGUGGGCAAGUAUCGCAUAACGGAGCGUGUGCUAGGGUCAGGAUUUUUUAGCGUAGUUCAUCUGGCCAUCGACGAAGAAACAGGCAGCCAGUUAGCCUGCAAAAUUAUUAGACGCCAGGUUGGUUAUAGGCAAUCAGCGAGGGAAGCUAAGAAAUUCCAGCAGGUUGUUCAGCAAGAAGUUAAGCUAAACGCUAGCCUGGAUCAUCCAAAUAUCAACAAAAUUCUCGGUCUUAAACAAGUUGAAGAGAACAUUUAUAUUUUUCUAGAGCUAGUUACUGGAGGGGAUCUAUUCGGUUAUGUCAACCGGAAUAAGAGGCUUGAAGAAAACGAAGCAAAGUUCAUCUCCUACCAACUGACUGUCGCGCUUGAGUAUAUGCACGACCAAAAGCAAAUCUCACAUAGAGAUAUCAAACCAGAAAAUAUUCUAUUGGCCCAUCAUGGGCCUUAUCCGAGGGUGCUACUCGCAGACUUUGGAGCCGCCCGUUUAGCAGAUAAAGCAUUUUGUAGCAUGCAGGGAACAAUGUCUUACGCAGCUCCGCUAAACGAUAUCAAUUUUUCUCUCUACCCCCUGAAGGAAGUCUUGACGGUAUACACGCGACCCCAAGGCUACGACGGAAAAAAGGCCGACGUGUGGUCCCUUGGGGUAUGCGUCUACACAAUGAUAUGUGGUUUUCACCCGUUCGAUAAUGGUAAAUUUGAGAGUGCGGAGACAGAAAGAAGGGACAUUUGUAAAAUCCUCAAGUAUAACAUCGAGCCUAGCGAAGUCCAGUUUGUGAAGAGUGUUCUCAAGCCGGCAUUUACAGACGAGGCCGUUAAAUCACUGUCGAUUGAUGAUGAUGACGAAUUCUUUUUUUGUUCGGGCAGUUCGAGAUUUAUUGAGGCAGAUGUUGGAAUCCGAUCCGCGUCGGAGGAUUUCAGCGCACGACAUUUUAAUUCAUCCAUGGAUUGUACAAUCAAGAAGUGA